CAAGUCUCGGAGGGUCGGCAAUCGUUGAUAUCAGACAGACAGAAACAAAUAAAGGGAGAGGAAAUUUUGUCGAGGUGAGAUGAUCCAAGACCAUUGGGCUGAGAUCCUGGGAUGGUUGAGAAGAACGAAACUUAAUAUUGCCUACCUAGGUCCGGUACAGCAGCCAAGGAAAAGACAAACAUAUAAGUUAUUGGAAGAGGCAGCUAUCAUAAUCGUGCACGGGGUUCAGAAUUGCGUUAGUCCCGACCUAACUACCUGCCAAAAGUCCAAUCGAGGGCAUCACAUCCUUCUACGAGAAAUUCAACCAUCUCGACCUUCUUUUCCUCCCCACCUCCCCCGCGCUCUUUACGAGCAGAACCCCUACAUUCCCUCUCCUCACGACUACCUACGAAAACCUACGAGUAUCCUUAUCCUCACGAGGACCUUCCGAUCAUUUAAAUUGGCAGUGCACUCGUUGCACCGAGCCGUCGAGUCGGCCAAGACACCAAGAAUCUUGUUGAAUUGGAGCGGCGACUGGGCGCGACCAGCUUCUGAAUGCUCCGACACCACGCAAUCCUUCUGACCGAAUCGACAGACUGGGGAAUUGGGAAGGACAUACAGCUGGGUUGAAGCAGACACGCAAUACAGGAUCUGCCGUGAGCACCUGCUACCCACAUCUGCUGUCAAAAAUUUCCAGAAGCAUACCUUAUCGCCGUCGCCUCAAAUUUCUUGGGAGACAAGAAAUUCAAGCUCACCACCAAGAGAGACCAAGCUCUUGACUCACCAUGGCGUGGGAUCAUCUCUCGAUCAAUCGACCGCAUCUGGUCUACAUCAUCCUCGGCGGCUUCACGUCGCUGUUCAUGCUGUGUUCGUCGUUCAUCAAAGAACGGCUGUACAUAGGUGAAGCAACUGUCGCCACAAUCUGCGGAAUUAUUUUUGGCCCGCAUGCUGCCAACCUGAUCGACCCUGGAACAUGGGGAAACACCGAUCAGAUCACCCUCGAGUUCUCUCGAAUCGUCCUCGUCGUCCAAUGUUUCGCCGUCGGUGUCGAACUACCCAAAUACUACAUGGAGAAGCAUUGGAGGAGUGUGGUGUUCUUGCUACUGCCGGUUAUGACAUUUGGCUGGUUGAUAACUAGUUUGUUCAUUUGGUGGAUGGUUCUACCACUCACAUGGCUUGAGGCUCUGGUCUGCGCGGCUUGUGUAACUGCAACAGAUCCUGUCCUGGCCAGUUCCGUGGUCGGCAAGGGAAAGUUUGCCAAGCGUGUGCCAAAGCAUUUGCGAGAUCUCCUCUCAGCCGAGUCAGGAUGCAACGAUGGAAUGGCAUUUCCGUUCAUAUACCUUGCUCUCUACCUUGUCGAGUACAGACCAAAUUCCAAGGAGGUGGCAUUUCAUUGGAUCGUCAUCUCCAUCCUCUACGAGUGUGUAUUUGGCGCAUUUUAUGGGUUUAUGAUUGGUUAUAUUGGCAGACAUGGGAUCAAGUAUGCUGAGAAGCAUGACCUUGUCGACAGAGAGAGCUUUCUCGUGUUCUAUUUUGUGCUCGCGCUAUUUUGUGCUGGCUCUGGUAGUAUCCUGGGAGUGGAUGAUCUCCUUGUCGGCUUUGCUGCGGGGGUUGGCUUUUCUAACGAUGGUUGGUUCACACAAAAGACUGAAGAGUCGCACGUUUCCAACGUUAUUGAUUUGCUUAUCAAUUUGGCUUACUUUGUCUACUUGGGGACCAUCAUUCCUUGGGAGCAGUACAAUAACGCAGCUUUGGGACUGACCCCUUGGAGAUUGGUGGUCAUUGCUAUCUUCGUCAUCUUCUUCCGCAGAAUUCCGAUCAUGUUGGCACUGAAGCCACUUAUUCCAGAUAUCAAGACCUGGCGAGAAGCUCUUUUCGCUGGCCACUUUGGACCGAUUGGUGUCGGGGCAAUCUUCGUAGCCAUUCUUGCUCGAGCGGAGUUAGAGACAACAACGACCACGCCAUUGGCAUCCUAUCCCGACCCCGAAGCCCAUAAUUAUAUGGUUGUCGCGCUUGUUUGGCCCAUCACUACCUUCCUUGUUAUUUCGUCAAUUAUCGUCCAUGGCUCCUCCAUCGCAGUCUUCACUCUCGGCAAGCACAUCAAUACACUGCAUCUGACCAUGUCUUACACAACAGAUGUGGAUGGUCCUGGCUGGCUGAACAGACUUCCUCGUAUUGCAACCAUAUCAAGAUCUCAAGCAAAGUCUACAGUGUCUGAAACCGAUGCCGACGAGUUGAAGAUGGACGACUUCCCACCCGGAGUGCUACCGCCCAUUGGAAUGCCACGAGAAUUCUUACGUCGCCAAAAAGAAGAAGACAACCCGCCGAACAAUGGUCGAGCGUCUUCUCUCAUCCCUCGCCGACGAAAGAAGAAGUGGGAUGACGGCCUGGGCCCUGGUGGGCCUAUUAGCCAGUCGGCAAUUUACCCUGUCCGACGCAGCCAGAGUGAGCAUCUGAGUGAGAACACUUCCGAUACUUUGACCCCAGGUGGAAACUCUCCAGAUACUGAGAAGGAUAUCGAGAACGAAAAGAACGAACGUGACCUGGGCGAGGUCCAGCAUGAUCCCGAGAUGGAAAAGAUCAUGUCCAGAGGUUCUGAUGAGACAAGACAACGGCACGGAUCACGAGCAGAAAACGAACCAAAUAGAAGAGAGAUCUAUCGAGAAGGUUCCGACAUCAUUAUCGAAGAUGAAGAUGGCGAGGUUGUUGAUAGCAAGAUUGAGUCACAUACACGAAAGGAAAGACAACAAGCUGUUGAAAAGACUGUAAAAGAAACGAAAGAAGAAAUCGAGUCUUCUGGACUCGGUUACAGGAAUUUGAGAAAGAAGUUAGGUAUUUGGAGGCACAGAGAUGAGCCAGAAGAAGAAGAUGGUGGACCAAAGGGUGCAAAGGCACCACCCAAGAAGAGAGGUCCAGCAUUGGCAUAUCAAUUUGGGAACACUAUUAUUGUUGAGGAUGAAGACGGAGAAGUCGUUAAGACUUACGAGAUCCCAUCAAGCAAACCCAAGACCGGCGGAGAAGGAAGUUCUGGUGGUGUCGUCCGAAAAGAGCUCAACCGCAUGGGUACAUGGACCGGUAUCACCAAGAAGCCAGGCGACGCUCACAAGGGCGAGGAAUCCUCCCGACCCGGACUAUCACACGGUGAAUCUGUCCUCGGCAGACUAGGCAACUGGGGCUUCAAAGGUCCUAACACCAACACUGAAGAAGGACCAGACAAAGCCAAACGCCAAGAUAGCAACGAAGACGAUGAUGAUGACCGACACAUCCGCUUCACCAUCGGUGGUGCAGGCCGCCGUCUGACCAAAGACGACUUCCUCAAGGAAAUCCAAUCCCUCGAUCCCAAAGCCCGUGCCGCCAUCGUCGACAGCAGCGACGCCUCCGCCGCCAUGAAAGACCUCGCUCGCAAAGACGCCUCCGCCGACAGCCCCGGCAGCAGCCGUCUCUUCACCGCCAAAUCCACUCAGAUGGCUUCGGGCAAAGCGACUGCCAAGUCAGUAGGCGCUGAGAUGGCACGUAGACGCGGAGCCGCGAUCGAUGAGGACGAUGAGAUGAGAGAAUCUGGUAGCGAGAGCGACUUCGAUCACCAGAAGCGCCGCGCGAAAUCUGUCGCGGAUCAAGGCGGCAGCAGACCCAGCCAGCAGCAAACCACUCGUCGCGUUUCUCAUGCUGCUGAUAUAGGUGAGACGCAAGCGGAGAGGCGGAGAAGAGAACAAGCUUUGAAGGGCGUGGAUUCUGUUACGCCGGCGCAGAGGGGGAGAGAGCGUUCGCGUGAUGACGAGGAGGAGGGUGAGGAGGUUGAGGAGGAGGAGGAGGAUAAUGGGAGGGGAGAGGUUGAGACGGCGGCGGAGAGGAGGAGGAGAGAGGCUGCGUUGGGCCUGGAUAGAGGGGCGGCGAGGGGAGAGGAUAGCGAUGAUGAUGAUACGCCCAGAGUGCCGCCGCCGGUGGCGAGGAGUAGGGGGAUCAGAUUUGCGCAGAGUCCGGUUAGAGGGGGCAAGAAGUGAGUGAUUGAGUUACCUCUUUGAUGAGGCUUGAAGGUGAUAUUUGAGUGGAGCAAACUGGUAUUGAAUUGCGAGAGCGAGCGAGCUUUGUAGCAUGGCAUGGCAUGGCAUAGUAUUGCAUUGCGUGGUGUUGGUAGUACAGUACAUGUUUGUGUUGGUGUUGGUGUGAUUCUUGUAAAUAAUUUGGACAAAUGCUACGAUACUAGAUUGUCUCCUAUCCUCCUAUCUAUUAUCUUCUUGAUUUGUUUGUCUGGUGAUAAUUCAAGUUCAUGGUCCAUUCAAUGGUGACAUGAACUUGCUUACAGUAGUGCAGUUCAAUGACAAUAUAAACAAUAACUCAUCUUCUCUGCUUUCUCUUUGGAGCCGAGCCUAUCUAUCCUACUCGGUGUGCAGUAGAAUACAAGCCUAUGCAGAACUAAGAGCGGUCUGAGAGAAAGCCUCUCGCGCUCAUUUUCGGUUGCGUGUUCGUCCUUGCCUUGUUGCUAAUAUAUUGGCUCGGGCGAUGAUAAGACGCCAGUGUAGUCGAAAGUAAGGAUUUCCAGUGCUGGCAAGCUGUGAAUUUGAAGUUGGAAGUCGGUCAUGAAAUGGUCUCUUGAAAGGCCAAAAUCUGAAAUCUAGAGCGGGCUUGACGUUUGGUGACGAUGAAAGCUGGCGCUUAGCAAGCCCCUGUCGCUGGACUGGUAGAGAUGGUCAAGGAUCAUUGAGCUAUGCCAUUUAUUUGGAGGCGGCACAAAUUACUCGGCACUACUGUCACAUCGUCCUCUGAGGUAGGUCGUAUGAAAGUAUUUUCGAGGAUGAAUUUCUCCUCGUGAAAUUCCGUUCUGCGAGUUCAUAGCAUGGUCACGACAGGCAGGCCUCAUGGAACCGCAUGCUCGUUGAAGCGUCGAUGUAAUCACGGGGAAUUGGAAGGAUUAGGCUCAGGUUACAGCUCUUUCCCACCGACUGGUAACCUUAUUGUACUUUAACCAUCUCUUCUCGCGAGCAUCGAGUACAGUCCCAAGUGUCACUACUCUCUUCACAUGCUGUGUAGCGGAAUGUGCCACGCGCAACCUGUAACGCGGAGUCUCUCCUCCUCCAACCAAUCGAGGGAAAGCAAAAACUCCAAGAAGCUGCCCAUGGGGAUUGAAAUGACCAACAAUUCCUUCUGAAAAAAUAGACUGUUCCCACCAUACCUGAUGAGGACAGUGCAAGCCGG